CUUCACAACAUGUCCGCAACUACCAUCGCCAAACACUACGCGCGCAUCACCCGCACCUGGCCCAAGGACGCCCUGCGGCCCACGGUGCAGUUCCAAGCCGCCCUGCAGCAGCGCGCCGCCAAUCCGCUCCCCAAGUCCGACGACGACCUCCGCGACAUCAACGCCCUCUACUCGCUGCUCGGCGACCGCUACGCCAAGCGCUAUCCCGCCAACCCCGCCGUCUUCAAGCCCGCCAGCAACCCGGCCUACUACGACGACCUCAUCGCUGAGCUGUCCCAGGCCCCUAGUCGCAGCUGGUUUCAGCGCUGGCUCAAUAGCUGGAAGGGCUCUUUGAGGCUGCAGUAGUGGUGCACGCGGGCGUCGGGCGUAAUGUAUAUGAAUCUGUAUAAAAAAAAAAGUAUUACAUCGUUGAGGUCUUGUAGGAAUAGCAGAGCUUGCCAGAUAUUCUGUUUCUCUGGAGCUCAAACGCGAAGCUGGGAACACUCUCUGUCGUUGUUACCGUGGUUCGGAAAGAAUCUGAUUUGAAGAUCUGACAGUG